CGAAGCAAACCGUACCCCAGUUCGGGACCGGUCCACACUGAACACGGGUACUGAAACCCUGACAAAACCCUCUCUCGCCGCAUCGCCAACAUCCGAAAGAGAGCCAUUGAAGCUGCAGCGUCUUCCGCUCUGUUCGUUGGCGGAAAUGGUGAAGUUCAGGUUCCAUCAGUACCAGGUGGUAGGACGUGCGCUUCCCACUCCGACGGAUGAGCACCCGAAGAUCUAUCGCAUGAAGCUAUGGGCCACCAACGACGUCCGGGCCAAAUCCAAGUUUUGGUACUUCUUGAGGAAGCUGAAGAAAGUUAAGAAGAGUAAUGGGCAAAUACUUGCAAUUAAUGAGAUCUUUGAGAAAAGACCUACCAAGAUUAAGAACUAUGGGAUUUGGCUCCGUUACCAGAGCAGGACUGGGUAUCACAACAUGUAUAAGGAAUACCGAGACACCACUCUUAAUGGUGCUGUUGAACAGAUGUACGAUGAGAUGGCUUCUCGACAUCGUGUAAGGUUCUCAUGCAUUCAAAUAAUCAAGACUUCUAUAGUGCCUGCUAAGCUGUGCAAGAGGGAGAAUACCAAGCAGUUUCAUGACUCCAAAAUCAAGUUUCCUUUGAUCUAUAAGAAGUUGAGGCCCCCUACCAGAAAGCUGAAGACCACCUUCAAGGCCUCGAGGCCUAACUUGUUCAUGUAAUUCUGGUUGAUGAGAAGCUUUAGUAUUACCGAUCUAUCAGUUGAUUUAACAGUCGUGAGGUGUAGGAAAAUCAAUUGGACAUCUAUUAGCAAGGCCAGUGGCUACUUUUUCUCCUCAAACAUAUUUUAAAUCCUGGAUUUUUGCUGUGGAAGUAAUUGUCGGUUGUUCUUGUUAUCCUUGAGAUAAGUUACAUUUCCAGAUUGUUAAACUUAUAAUCUGCUCAUUUUAUCCCA